AUGGCUGUCAAUGAGCAGGUACCAGAGCUGAAGGAAGGCACCGACUGCAAUUUUCUGCAAUGCCAGAGUCAAGUCUGUCUUCAGAGAAUGCGGAAGGAUAUGGCAGCAGUGCAGAGAACCUUAAUGGCUCUAGGCAGUUUGGCAGUUACCAAGGACGACGGCUGCUACAAAGGAGAUCCAUCCUGGUUUCACAGGAAAGCACAGCAGAAUCGACGAGGAUUUUCAGAAGAGCAGCUUCGUCAGGGACAGAACGUAAUAGGCCUUCAGAUGGGCAGCAACAAAGGAGCAUCACAGUCGGGUAUGACAGGCUAUGGGAUGCCAAGGCAGAUUAUCUGA